CAAACUAUUGCAAUAGUUUCUGCAAAGUCACUGGUCGAAGCCUGCAGCUUAUUGGAACAGCUCGGCCUGUGCAUCAUUGCAAACCAUCCUGGCUGUACCAUGACUGAUAUGGAGGAGUUGGUUCGCAGCGGAACUCUCUCAAGUUUGUCGCAAACUUAUGAUCCUCGAGAAUGUCUUGCACUGAGAACAACAGAGAGGCCACCAUCUGAGGCUCCCAAGACAACACGCAGAAUGACCACGAAAGAAAUUGUCACCAGGGUACCAACUGUCAAACCAACAACAGCCAGAGGAACCAGUGCCCCGUGUCCAGGUGAUCUUGAUGAUUGGACAGAAAUGCUGCAGUCUUCCCCGUGCAUGUCAUCAUUCAUGACUGCGGUGCAGAUAGUACAGAGUGGAGGCUUUACAUCUGUUGAGGCUUGCAGGGCUUUCAUGUCGGUCUUGAUCUGCAUACGAACUCAUCACCAAGUGGAGCUCACCUGUGCCCUUGAGAUCGUUGAGGUCUACACCCCAGGGAUGUCGGCAACUGUAUCCGUGUAUUGGGACACCUUGAGUAUUGACAUGUGUGAUGCUGAACUUUCUGAUGACCGUUGUUCCAUGUCGGUGCCAGAUUUGAUUGCCAACACAGGAAAGUCAAUGUGUCUGCAACAUGCAACCAGCAUCUACACGAGUUAUCAAAUGGAAGGAUUUGGAGUCAACACUUGCAAAUCAACUCGAGAUUUCAUAACAUGCAUGGCUGAUUACUUCGAGUCUUGCUUGCAAUAUGAUGCAGCAGGUACUGUGGCUUUGCUUAGACCAGUGAUUGUUCAAGAACUUGGGGUCGAUCCUUGGACCUGUUGGGUUGGGACGACAUUGCCUCCAGUACAGACAACUAGGCCAACAGUUAGGACAACAAUUCCACCAGUUGAGACAACUAGGCCACCAGUUAGGACAACAAUGCCACCUGUUCAGACAACCAGGCCACCAGUUCAGACUACAAGGGCUCCACGUGAAACAACCAGUGUACCGGCUGAGACAACCAGAAUGCCAGUUGAGACAACUAGGCCAACAGAUAGGACAACAAUUCCACCAGUUGAGACAACUAGGUCACCAGUUAGGACAACAAUGCCACCAGUUGAGACAACUAGGCCCCCAGUUAGGACAACAAUUCCACCAGUUCAGACAACAAUGCCACCUGUUCAGACAACCAGAAUGCCAGUCCACUCAACAGAGCAGCCGAUUCUGACAACUCCAGCGACAACUAUGCCACCAGUGAUAACCACAACUGAGGCUCCCCCAGUCAUUGUUGAUGGCGAAUUCAAAGUCAGCAACCUCAAUUUCUCACAAGAACUUCUAAACGAAACAAGUCCUGAAUUCCAGCAGUUAGCCGAUACAUUUAAAGACUUGUUGAUGGAUGCAUACAAUAAGUCAGCUUUUGGUGAAGAUAUCGCCUAUAUUGAAAUUAUAGGAUUCAGUGCAGGAAGUGUGGUCAUCAAUUUCCGUAUCGUCUUCAAGCCAAAGCCAGUUGUUGCGACAUCUGCACCAGAGACUGGUACGACUGUUGGCAGCGCUACUGGCACACCCAGCAGCGUUACUGUACGGCCAGUUAAUGGAAGCACUCCAGGUCGACCAGAUCCAGUAACCAAGGCACCGGUUGUCUUCCCAGUGUUGAGCCAAGCGUCUAUUCUUGCCGUCCUUGAUAAGUACAUCGCAACGAAGCCAACGAUUACUGCAUCCAAUGGUGAAAGCAUAGCUGUAGAGAUCGAUCCUGCUUCUAUUGUUGUUCAAAUAGUGACCACCACCACUUCAACAACGACAACAACAACUCCACAACCAACCACAACAACACCGCAACGGAUGACAACAACACCAGAGCAGAUGACUACCGCUCAAGAACCAACUACCGCGUUACCACCAACCACAGCUACACCAGAAGGAACUGAAGUCGAUGUUGAGUUUAAGAUCACGAACCAGAACUUCACUGAGGACCUCUUAAACAAGUCUUCAGAUGCCUACAAGGAGUUGGAGAGGCAGAUCAUCGAGUUGCUCAUCCAAAUCUAUGGCAACAGUUCAAUUGCUGACUUGAUCGACAGUAUUGAAAUCACAGGAUUUGCACCUGGUAGCAUUGUCGUGGGAUACAAAAUGAGCAUCAUGAAAAAAUUGAACCAGCAACCUCUGAAGUCAUCAUCAUCUGAUCCUAUCGAAGAUGCAAUGGAAGAAGAAUACGAUGACGAUGAAUCGGAGCUGACUAAAAUGGCGCACAGGAUGCUCCACGAUGCUGCAGAGAAAAGACGCCUUGGCAAAUACAGCGUGUUGUUAUCAUCCAUCAAAGCCAAAGUUUCAGGCAAGAAAUGGGCCUUACUAGGAGAGCGAGCGUGUCAGGAUGUGACCACCAUGUUUAAACUGGAGAACAGCAAGUGUGGAAGAUUUAAAGUUAUUGCAAAUAGUUCGGCUUCCAUCAAGGAGAAGUGCAGACUAUUCAAUGAAGCUCUGGGAUGUCUUGUACCGGAGGCCGUGAGUUCCUACCGAUGCAGUGCUGGCACCGUCAAACAGCUUCUCUACACUAGCCGAGCCCUCAUGGAGCAAUGGUACAAGUUUGACUACGUGAACUGCCUAGUUGACGAGCAGUCAUUUAGUCAGAUUGCUCCUGAUGCUAAGGUUCAAGCAGGUCUACCAGCUGACUUCACCUGCAAGCAGCCACAGGGUCUGAUGGAGAUGACAGGUUGCGUGGUGCCAAUUCUCGACCUCCAGAAGAAUAUCAUCAGUGGAAACAAGGACAGAGUCUGCAGGUCCUUCAGCAGUUUAAUGGGAUGCCUGAUGACAUCUGCCAGACUCGCUGGUUGCCAAGCGACAGAUGCCUACAAGACCAUUCUGGACAAUCUUGAUUUCAUCAAAGAGAAAUUCAGCGGCUUUAACCCACUUCAGUGCUGGAUGACCGACAAUGACCUUGUGGUGUCACCUUCUGAUAGCCCUGCAAAGCUUGCUCCCACGAAACCUGCUCCUACAAAACCAGAUUCUUCCUGGUGCCGUGAUGUAACAUCGUUCCAGUCCAUGACCCAGUACUGUCCACAGUUGGCUACCCAAUUCAGUCAGGCUCCAGACUGCAGCAUCUUCCGCAACCUGUUGAGCUGUCUGACCUACAAGCUUGCUGGGAAGUGCUCCAUGGAUGACAUCAUGUACAUGCUCUUCACAAGCCGCAAACACAUCGCCCAGGCGUACAACAACUUCAACAUCAUUCCGUGUCUCAUCAGCACGGGCAUGAUGCUCCCAGUCCCACCAAACCAGGAUCUGAUUGCAUCACUUCCAGACGACUUCUCUUGCUGGGAUAUCAAACAGAUCGUGAAGAUUGGUGCGUGUGAUGUGGUAUUGUCAGACUUUACAAAGAAGACAUUGGUUGCAGUUAAUCCAUCAGUUCGAUGCAAUGAAUUCAGUGCCGUUGCCAGCUGCUUCCUAGCGACUGGAGCCCAGGCAGGAUGUGCCACGCACGAUGUCUUCACUGCCAUUAUUGACGGAAUCGCAUUCUUCAAAGACAAAAUCGGGUUUGAUCCUGUUGAAUGUUUCACCCAAGAAGGCUUUAGUGAAUCCUCGUCACCGCAACCGGUAAACCCGGUCCCACCAACGCAACCAGUACCAACACGAUCGGAUAUGGUGAUGACAACUAAAGUACCUGUGGCGCCACCAGUGUACCCGCCCCUUGGCUUUUGUCCUGGUGAUGUGUUCUCACUGAUCUCGCAGGUCUUCCUGACAAGGUGUUCAUCACCGUACAAUGCAUUCUACGCUGAAGCAGGUCAGAAUGAUGUCAUCAUAUCUUGCAGUCGAGCUUCUUCAGUGAUUGACUGUGGUGUUAAACAAUCAACGUGUUCACGUGAGGAAAUCAUCGACCAUAUCAGGAUGAACACACUUCUUCUGAGAAGUUUGUUCAAUAAUUUUGACAUUAGUCAGUGCCUGCCAAAGUCACAGAAAUAAACAGGAAGACUGUCUCGCGGUGGUUGGAAUUGUGUUAAGUAUUAAACAAUCUACCCAAAUACUGUCAAAAUGUUCAUAUUUUGUGCUUUACUUACCAACACGUAUCAAGAAUACUUUUUUCACUUAUCAAAUCCAAAACAACUGCUGAAAUUACUGAGAUAUAUUUUAACUUCCGACUUAUGUGAUAUCAUGGUCAC